CUCGCCGAGCGUAUCGCACGACCGCGGGCGUGUGGCUGUCGUGACUGACAGUUUACCUCAAGAUCUCGAUCACGCCGGGGAAUUCGGAAGUGCUCCGAAUCAUCGAAGCCGGUAUUUGCUCGUGUUUCCUGCCGACCUUUCUUUAACCAGGAUUACGUGAAACGAGAAGUGGAAGAAAUUGAGAAUUGUUCCUCUUUCUCGCAAAGGAGAAGUGACGAAGGAUGGAAGCGCGUGUUAGGAAUGUGAACCACAGCAUAAAUACAGAAGCGUACGUGCCCACGUCAGAGGCAUCCCUCACUGUCGAGGAAGAGGAUGCGAUUGUGACGUUGGUGGUCGUUGUGAUCGGCAUCAUCGUUGCCAUAGUGGUGCUGUUCUCGAUGGGUAUCUUCAUAGAUUGCAAACACCAAGAGAAAGAUUCCUUGAAGAAGAGAAGACUGAGGCUAAAAAUGCCGCCGCUCACGCGAAAAGGCCGAAAAGAUGAUGUGAAAGCUUUAGCUUCGAAUAUGUAUUCCAAUGGUGCCGACGAUACCGAGUUCAAGGCAAGGGAUGCUAUAGUUUGAUGUUCGGAAGAAUUACGUUAAAUUUUAAGAAAAAUUGUAAUACAUGUUUUAUAAAGACUUUUUAUGAAAAAUUUGAAAUCUAUGAGUCUCAUGAUUAGCUAGUAUUUAAUACUGAAAAGUGUGAGAAUUAUAGGAGAAGUGUGUUGAAAAAUACCUUUAGUCAUAAUUUUCGAAGAGACAUGCCUAUUGUUCAUCAAAGAUACAUGAUUUAAUGAUACGUACUUCGUAAUAGAGUUGAUAAAUUCGGAAACGGCGACUUACAGUUAAAGCUAAUCUGCACAAUAAUAUACUUAUCUUCUGCAACCAAUAGACAAUUUAGAUAACUCAUAGAUAAAAUAUAUAAAUUUAUCGCAUAAUAUUUUGUACAUAAAUAUUCUAUUCAACGUUAGCGGCGAUAUGCAAGAAAACCAGUUUAUUUGAAAUGCAAGAAAUCGUCUUAGAUUUAAUUGCAUACAUAUGUAUAUUAUAUGAGAAGCAAUAUUCUGUAAGAUGACGUCAAUGUCUGAUCAGUAAACACCAUUCUUUGAGCUUCCAUUUUGGUCAAAAUGCACUUUCUGAAAUACUGCACAUAUUGCAGAACACUCUCAAUAUGCGCGAGAUUAAUUCUCUGACGUAUAUCGUUCUCUUCUUUUAUCCCCGAUAUUUAUUGAUUCACGUUUGUAGUGAGGAAAAACCGUAAAUAUUAAUAUACAAAAAAAUUUAAAUAAAGGUUAAAAUGAAAAAAAUCUGAAUAAACACAAGAUUUAAAUGUUGCAGUUUCGAAACAAAUUCAAGCGAUUGCAUGUAUAUUUUUGUAAUAAUAAGUAAAUAGCAUUAUUUGUGUAUAGGAAUAAAUAUCAUCGUAUAUUUAAUCUAUAAUUACAAAUUUAGUCAUAUAAUUUUUUAUGAAUAUUGUCGAUAUAGCCUUAUUGGACAGGAAAUCUUUAUAGUUGAGAUAUAAAUAACAAGAGUAAUAAUAAUAUGGUAAUUGCAUAUGAAAAUUGCUGCUUUCCAGCAUGAUGCAACAAAUGCGAUUAAGUGUUCACAGUUGUAAACAAUUUUUUAACUACAGUGCCUUUUACGGAAAAUAAAUGCGAAAACAAGUUUUAUGGUAAACUUCACUGUGGUUUAAAAAUAUCUGCUACCUAUGUUCUCUACUUACGUUGAUAAUAAUAGGAUUUCAAUUAUUUAAAAAAAUAUUUUUGAUUUUUUAUGUAUAUAUAUAUACUCAAAGUUUAUUUUUAGCACAAUGCAAUAAUACAAAUAAUAUAGAGACAAGCGGUAUCACAUGUGCUUCUAAAAAAAUAACACCAUCUAGAAAUGUACGAAAGCCUAACUGAUUAAUUCCGUAAAAUAAAUAGUAAAAAAAUUCGUUGAAAUUUAAUACCAAAACUAAUAUAAUUAGUUAUGGUAUUAAAAUUAAGAAAUUUGUAAAAAGUGGAGUUGAUUGGGCUUUUGAUUAGACUUUUGAGAAAUUUAUAUGCACACAAGCAUUUAAAGCAGCAUAUAGACACAAGUGUGCCUUUGUUAACCGAAUAUCAAAGAAAAUAAUAUAUAUGAUAUCAUUAAAAUAGGUUUUAAAAUAUAUAUUUUUCAUGAUACCUGUUUUUCUGAAGAGAAUCUCUUUUGUUAUCAAUAUUACAGAUAAUUCUAAUUUAAAACAUAUUGUUUAUUUGUAAAGACUGGCCGUAAUAAUCGACGAAAUUAAUCUAUAAAAUUGAUUAACAAGUGUUAAUUUAUUGUAAUUAAAAAUUAUUUAUGACUCUUUUCUUAUACAACAAUACAUAGAUUGAAAUAAAUUUACUUAUUAAUAUAUCAGCAGAUUUAUUGAUAAUUCUACAAAGGAAGAAUGUAAAACUUUCUCACACUUAACCUUGAAGAAUAUUUAUACCAAAGAAUUUUUCCGCAGAAAUCGCGCGGAAAGAGAUUUUAUAUAUUCAUAUAACACACACGCGCAUGAAUUAUAUACGCCAUUAUUUUCUACGCCAAAGGUAUUGUUUAAAUUGUUAUGAUUGAACGAAUAUCUAUGAAUAUUUUGUUUAUCUAUGAACAUAUAUUUUGCAUUUUGCAUAUUGAUGGUGUACAUAAAUAUUAGUAAUGAGAAUUAAAAUUUGUUUAUGUAUAAACCUAUAUUGUCUUAUUCUUUGUAAAGUAUUAUUACUCAUAUCACCAAUCCAAUUUCUAAUAUAUAAUCUGCUUAUUAAGUCUAAUAACAUGUAUAUUUUUUUAAUAUAAUAACCAACUCACACCCACGCACACACACACGCAUCAUAUACAUACUAUGCGUUAAAUUUAACGCAUGUAUGAAAUAAUAUAAAAAUUCUUCAAUAAUGUUAAACAUAGCAUUAACAAGAUACUCAUUCUUGAGUUUCACGGAUUUAAUCUAGUAUUACAUUAUACGAUCACAUUACACCAAUUACAUACCACUUUGCAAACGUGUCGAAUCACACAUUGCUUAGUUUAUUCUUUCCUUGACUAAAAGAUAUUUUAUUUUUCGAAAGAAAACUGUGCUCAGCAAAUGUUUAUCCCAUUUAACUUUGAAGGUAUUUUUUAAAUCGUGUGUGUAAUCAAACGAUAAACUUUUCGCCUAUUUUAAUCGUGGCGCUUGCAAUUCUUCC